AUGGACGACACGCCGACGCCGAAGCUCUCGGAGCUGCUGCGGCACCCGGAUGACCUCGACAAGAUCCCCGGGCUCAAGCGCGAGUUCGCACGCAAGAAGGGUGCCGUCGACGGGCAGCUGCGCAGCGGCCUGCGGGAGCAGCUCGAGCGCACGCAGUCGGGCAUGCAAGGGCUCGCCGACGGGCAGCGCACGGUGCAGCAGAUCAAAGACGAGAUGAUGCACAUUGACCGGCUGUGCUCCGAGUCGCAGACCAUGAUCCGCGACUUUGCCAGCAUCAACCUCGUCUCGCAGGCGCACCGCAACUUUGGCGCCGUCGAGGCGAUGCGGCGCAACCUCGAGGCCUUUGACGGGCGGCUCGUCGCGGUCGAGGCCAUGCUGCAGGCCGACGACGAGGACCGCGAGGCCAUGCCGAACCUGCUGCCGUGCCACUACGAGCUCACGCAGCUGCGCAACAUCCGCGACGACGCCAUGGAGCAGAUCCAGCGCGCCGACGACCCCAGCCUCGAGGCUACGCUCGAGGACUACUUUGCGCGCCUCGACGACGUCGUCGACUGGUUCGACGAGCACGUCGGCCUGCUGGCGAUGAACCUCAUCAGCCUCGUCGUCAACGACAACAACGGGCUGGUGGUGCGCUUCGCGCUCAUCAUGGAGGCCGAGGAGCGAAGCGACCGUCGCGUGCGCGCGCUGCGCGACGCUCUCCGCGACCACAAGGAGAUGGCCGUGCGCUUCCAGGGCAUCGCCGAUGGCGCCAAGAAGGAACGCGGCUACAAGGAAAAGUUCCUCGAGGCCAUCCGGCUGGCCGCCGAGCAGCAGUUCGCGGCCGCGCGCGAGGAGUUCCUCGACGACCCGAAGCGGCUCGACAAGAUCAUGGCCUGGUUCUUCAACGACCUCAACGCCGUCCGCGUUGGCAUGACCCCGCUCAUGCCCAAGCGCUGGAACAUCGCCAAGGUCUACGCCGACAUCUACCACACCCUCAUGCACGACUUCCUCGUCGGCAUGGUCGACGACCCCGAGGCCUCGUCGGCCCACACGCUCGAGAUCGUCGGCUUCCCCGAGAAGUACUACCGCAAGAUGGCCAAGAUGGGCCACGCGCAGGAGUCCCUCUCCCCGCACGUAAUCGACAACCGCGAGGCUGAGCUGGUGCGCGACUUCCGCCAGCUAAUCAUCCGCUUCCUCGACGAGUGGAUCGAGCGCAUCUUCGCGCAGGAGGGGCGCGACUUCGCCGAGCGCAACGUCGAGGGCUCCAACCUCGACCAGGACGAGUACGGCUACUUCCGGACCAAGAACCUAGUAGCGCUGUGGCGCAUGCUGCGGGAGCAGGUGGACGCGGCGGCGAGCUCGCAGCGCGCCGACGUCGUCGAGGGCGUCAUCGACGCCAUGUUUGCGCGCCUGCGCGCCCGCCAGCAGCAGCAGCAGCGCAUGCUGGAGGAGGAGGCGCUGCGGUACGAGGCCGGAAAGGUGCCGGACCUCGAGGGCUUCCAGGCGCUGCAGGACUGGCUCGUCGCGACGGCCAACGACCAGAUCGCGUGCAUCGACGAUGCCGAGGACGACGGCGCCGGCGCCGGCCCGCGCCUCGGCUACCUCUCGAGCUUCCGGCAAAAGUUCGAGCCGCACGUCACGCCGCAGUACCUGGAGCGCGUCGAGCAGGAGCUCGCCGCGCUGCGCGACGGCUAUGUCGACUGCAGCACCUGGUGCAUCAACCGCUUCGCCCAGCUCGUCUUCGCCGUCGACUUCAAGGCCGUCAUGCCCGACUUCUUCACCCCGCGCUGGUACCCGGCCACCGCCAUGAAGCAGAUGGUCGUCACCCUCGACGAGUACGUCGGCGACUACCGCGCCGUCCUCCACCACUCCCUCGUCGACAUCUUCAUCGAGAUCUUUGCCGACGAGCUGCUCGUCCGCUACUUGUCGUCCGUCCGCAACAAGGGCGCCAAGCUCCGCCGCGCGGACCCCUUCCGCGACAAGCUCUUCAACGACAUCGCCACCGCGUUCGAGUACUUUGGCGCCCUGCCCAACCCGGACGUCGGCGCCUCCAUCAAGCAGACCUGGCGCGUCACCGAGGGUUUCCUCGCGCUGCUGUCGGCGGACCGCGCGGCCGUGCCGGACGAGUUCGCGGCGCUCAAGGCCGCGUACUGGGACCUGCAGAUCAGCUGGGUCGAGGCGGUGCUGCGCAGCAGGGACGACUUUGAGCGCGCCAUGCUCAACGCCGUCAAGGCCCGCGCCGCCCAGGUCGAGGUCGUGCGCGGGCCUGAGACCAUCAUGGCCAAAGUAAAGUGA